AUGUCGGGCCAUGCUUCCACGGCCGGCCAAGGCUCCCGUCACGAUUCCCCUGUAGCUUCUCAGGCUGGAACAUCGCACGGGGGCACCGCGGACCCCUCCUCGCACCAAGGAGGCAAAGACAAUAAGCCCAAGUAUGAAUUAACAGACGCGCAGUUGAUUGGUAGGCGGGUUGACCUACCUGCAGAGGCAUUCCACAAGGCGGGUCAAGAGCAGACUCGUUUCACGGCUCGCCCCGGUUAUAAUGAGAAGGGCAAGCCUAUCAAGGUUCAGUUGAACCUAUUCCCCGUUUCCAGCUGGUCGGACUCGGAGAUAUACCAAUAUGACAUCAACGUUUCUCCAAAUAUCCACGACUCUCGCGGUUUGGUGACGAAAGUGUGGAACACAACGACAGUCCUGGAGGCUCUAAGGGCCAAGGGUGGCAAGUGGCUGUGCGACGGCCACAAGCUUGCCUGGUCCUCCGAGAAGAUUGAUCGUAACGAAACACGCAUUGUUGUUGACCUGGAUACUCUGGAAGAGAAGGAGGCCCAGAGCCCCGAGGUGUACAAGAAGGUGGUCGAUAGAAACAGCGUCUAUUAUUUGACAAUUCGCCAGACCAAGACGAUCCGUCUUUCCUAUCUCAAGGCCUAUCUCCAAGGCAAGAUCCCCUGGGACGCCCAUGUCCUGGAAUGCAUGAACUUCUUCGAUCAUUGCAUGCGCCAGUAUCCGUCUCAGAAACUGUUGUGCAUCAAGCGCAACUUCUAUGACCGAGACCGCCCUAAGGCUAAACUUGGGUUUGACCUGGUCAUCAAUCAGGGAAUUUACUCGACAGUACGGCUGAGCGAGGCUAUCAAUCGCGGUGGCACAGGACUUGCCAUAAAUGUCGAUAGGUGCAACACAGCGUUCUGGCCGUUCGACAGCCUGGACCAAUUGGCCCUUCGAAUGGUGAAUUGUCACAAGUAUGACUGGUCACAUGCCGACAUCAAUAAGCUGGUCACUUAUCUGAGACCGGAAGAGAGGGUGCACCCAAAAACAGGCGAACAGGCGUGGACCAUGUCUGAGGCGUUCUUAUGCUUGCGUCGAAUGACGAAGCUUAAAUUUGUCGUGAACCAUCGUGGAAAGAUGGGAGAGACUAAGGUCUACACGCUCAAGCGUCUCAUCUUCGAGCAGAAGUAUGGUCGUGACGGCGCUCAUUCAAAGGCUGUCACUUUCGAGAAGAAGAUGCCAGAUGGGACGACGAAAACCACAACCGUACACGACCACUACCUUGAACGCUGGGGCUUCAGGCUCCUUUACCCCUAUUUGCCGAUCAUAGAGACUACACGUGGUGGUCUGUAUCCGAUGGAACUGUGCAAUACAUUGCCAGAUCAGCGAUACUUAUUCAAGCUGAAUCCUGAGCAGACCAAAGAUAUGAUCAAGAAGGCGGUUUGCAAACCGCCUCAACGACUGAAAGAUAUCAUGGAAGGCGUUAGGGAGUUGGAUUGGCCGAAAGAUCCAUACCUCAACGCGUUCGGAAUCAAAAUCAGUCCCCAAAUGGCGGUAACUCAAGCCAGACUCCUGCAAAACCCGGAGGUGUCAUUCGGCAAUCAGAAGAUCAACCCAGGCACCUCCGGGAGAUGGGAUCUUCGGGGCAAGACAUUCCUAGAGCCGAACGCCUAUGAGCUGAAGUCAUGGUCAUUCAUCUGCUUAGGACAAGCCUGCAAACAAAACGAGCUAGAGAACUUUGCCAGACAGUUCUCAGGUGCCUAUCGAAACCAUGGAGCGAAGAUCACAAAGGCCCCUUACAUGCGGAUGAUGUCGUACAGCGAAGGCAACUACUCGGAUCUCGUCAAAAUAGCGGUCCAAGAAACGACACGUUACUGCAAGGAGUACCCGCAAAUCAUCUUCUUCCUCCUAGAAAACAAGAAUAUCCUCUCGUACGAACGUAUCAAGAAGACCAUGGAUUGCACGUUCAAUAUUGUGUCGCAGUGCCUUCAGGGAGGACACGCCUCAAAGUGCAAUGCUCAAUACAUAAGCAAUCUGGCGAUGAAGGUGAACAGCAAGCUUGGCGGUGUCACUUGCAGGGUUCCGGUGAGGGAGAAUCGUGCACCAGCUUUCUGGUCUCGGCCUACCCUCAUCAUAGGCCUGGACGUGUCUCAUGGUGGCGCCAUAGGCCAGAAUCCGUCUAUGGCAGCUUUGACUAUGUCUCUAGAUAAAGACGCAACGCGCUAUGCUGCCGCUUGUGAGACCAACGGUUACCGCGUUGAAGUAGUCAGGGCGACGACCAUGCACAUGAUGCUUCCCAAGCUUGUUCGACACUGGAAGUCGAUUAACGGAUGUGCGCCGAGGCACGUUUACUUUAUUCGCGAUGGUGUUUCCGAGGGGCAGUUCCAGGAUGUCCUCGACAUAGAAUUGGGAGAGAUUCGACGAAUCUUUAGAGAGAAUGACUGCCACCCGCAGUUUACUGUCAUUAUUGCGACAAAACGCCAUCACGUGCGCUUCUUCCCGAAGUCGGGUGAUAGGACGACCGCUGACCAUAACGGAAACCCAUUGCCCGGCACUCUGGUUGAGCGGGAUGUGACACAUCCUCAGCAUUUCGACUUCUACCUCUGUUCGCACGUGGCAAUUCAAGGCACCGCUCGACCGGUGCACUACCAAGUCAUCUUGGACGAGGCAGGUAUCAAGCCUGACGACCUUCAAAAGAUGAUUUAUCAACAGUGCUACCAGUAUUGCCGAUCGACUACGCCGGUAUCUCUUCACCCGGCCGUGUAUUAUUCCCAUUUGGCGUCCAACCGUGCACGCUGCCACGAGAACAUCGACCCCGAUCAUCUUAUCCUGGCGUAUGGUAAACCUGGUUUCCCAUACGGAAAGAUGCCGGAGGAGAUUUACCCUGACCACGAAGAACAGUCCGCCAUAGCGCCAUACCUGAUUCCCAUGGCUGCCCGGGGCGUGUCCAAAGACGCCAUUCGAUUCAUGAACACCACGAUGUGGUACGUCUAA